GGAAAACUCGUUGCAGAGUUUAAGUUAGUUUACAAAAUGAAAUCGUUCGUUGUUUUGGUAUUAGUGUUGUGCUUUGCUUGGUCCCAAGGCGAAAACGAAACCGUUGGGUGUAGCAUUUUAAAUGGAAAUUUAGUUUUAAAACCAAACGAAGCAUUUGAAAUAGGAGACGCUUGUUUGAGAAUUAUAUGCCGAGGAAAUGAUGUGUUUAAUAUCGCUACGGGAUGUGAAAUAAGGUGGAGAGGUGCCCCAUCCGAUUUCUACAAAAAACAAAUUACACAAUUAGCUGAAAAUGUAAGAAAAGGUUAUGCUUGCAGCGGAGUGGACGUCCCAACUUUUACCAAGUAAAAAAAUUAAACUAAAACAUUAACGUUUUUCCAACAACUAUUGUUAUGUAAAUUCUUCGAAAUCAUAAAUGUUGUGAUUUAAUAUUCUAAAAUAAACCGGGGAUUUCUUGGAUGUUUUAUUGUUUGAAAAAUAACAAACCUAACAUAAAAACCGCAAAACACUUAUGUAAAUUAAGAUUCUUCGUCCACUAUAAAUACUCCUCCUUUCGUUAUAUUUUGAUAGUCUUGAACUAGAACUCGAUAAGAACUCAUUAUGAUUUCUUUCAAAGCUUUUUCUUUGGUGUUUUUAGCUGUGAUUGGUUUAGUUGUUACAGCACCUCACGAUGAUGAUGAUCAUUCAAAACAUUGCCAUAUCGAUGGAUUUCCAACUAUUCACGUAAACAUUGGUGAAACUAUUCAAUUACCGGGAGCUUGUUUGAAACUAAUUUGUCAAGAAUCAGAUCAAUUUGAAGUUGUAGGAAGUUGUAACCAAAAACCAAAUUCACCAGAAAAUGUCGAUUUCGCUAAAAAAUUGGUUGCCGGGGAAAAAUGUCAUGCUUAAUUGAAGAAAGAUUACAUUCUUUUAGUUUAAAAUGUUCGUGAUUAUGAGAAAAUACACAGAAUAAAGAUUAUAACUAAAGAAA